AGAAAUAGGAAAAAGAAUUUCGUAAAAAUACAUAACUCAGCUACGUUACGUGUGUCGUCGGUAUGUGUGCGUCUUUAUCAGUAGAUAAUGCGAUAUAUCGAAUCGGAGUUUAGGUGUUUUCCACGUUCAGUCGGUUCUUCCUCGCGGCGCGUGAGAGAGAAGGAGCAGUGUGGUUCUGUAGUGCACCUGCGUGCAAGAGGAUUCCGAACGAACGUGCACCAAAAUGGCUGCCACGCACCUCGAUGUUGGCCUACGUUGCAUCAAGUAUCUGCUAUGCGCAGUUAACUCCCUUUUUGUGUUAACAGGGAUGAUGAUAAUAUCCGUUGGAACUACAAUUUAUGCAGUUUAUGAAGACUUUUCACAUUUUCUUGAUCCAAGAUACUUUUCACCUGCAACUCUUCUGAUCGUAGUUGGAAUCCUCAUCUUUGUAAUAGCCUUUCUAGGAUGCUGUGGUGCUCUUAGAGAAAGUACUUGCAUGGUUCUUGUGUUUGCAGUAUCUCUUUCCGUUGUUCUCAUAAUGGAGUUAGCUGCUGCAAUUGCAGCUUAUGCUCUUCAGGAUGACAUAAAGGACCUUCUAGCUGAUAACAUUAAUGCUACCAUGCACCAAUAUGGAAAGAAUAAAGAAGCUGAAGAUGCUAUUGACUUUUUACAAUCAAAGCUAUACUGUUGCGGGUACAAUGGAUAUCAUGAUUGGGAGGAAAUUAUGAAAGAAAAUCAAAUAAGUCUACCGAAAUCUUGUCGACCUUGGUCAAUUAGUGACGACAUCGAAUGUGGACCCGAUUCUGGUAUUGCAUGUAAUGUCUACUCAAGUGGAUGUGUCAAACAUCUUUCAAGUCUCAUUAACAAAAGUGUCUUAUACAUUGGUACUGGAGCUGUGGCCAUUGCUCUCAUUCAGUUUACUGGAAUAAUGUUUGCCUGUAUGUUAGGCAAAGCAAUUAGAAGACAGAAAACAGAAAGAGAACGGCGUAGGUGGGAAUUGAGAGAAAGUUUGGUUAAUGGAUAUCAGCCAUUAGGAAAGGCAGAUCCUCUCACUACUUUCCCUGUAGUUUAUAUGUCUCCUGAACCUAUAAAAAACGUCUAAUUACUUUAUUUUCCUUGUAUAUAUUCAAUUGAAUAUAUUUUUGUUUAAUCAUUUGUUAUAGACGUUAUAUUAUAUUGUAUAUUUAAACGUUACAAGUAUUAAUAUUAUUCUAUCUAUUUAGAUUUUUCAAAAGUAAAUAGUGGUAAAUUUUUGACUUUUCAUACGAAAUUACGUUUAAUAUUUCAUGCUUCACUUUUUAUUUAAAAGUUUCAGUCGUUGAUACGAUUGUAAGAAAGGUAUAGCCAGGUAAAGGAAUAAAUGUCCUUGAAUUGAGACAUAAGUGGUACAUGGGACCAAUCUAUAGUUUACCAUCAAAAGUUUAUUACUAAUUUUUAAUUCUCUGUCUUACCAAGAGAGCAGUAACAGAAAAAUAAAAUUAUCCAUUUUUCUUU